AUGGCUAUCACUUCAAAUCAAAGACUCACUCUUCGUAUCAUCGGUUCUCUAAUCGCAAUCUGGUUCAUCAAAUCUAUCUUCUUUCCUUCAAAGUCAACUAAAACCUCUGCUCAUUCUGAAAUAGCUAUAGCAAAUGUAUUCGAACGUAUCACCAUAGGCACACCACUUGCUUCAACCGCUUUAAAUCCUCAAAAAUAUCCAUUUCUUCAAUCUAGAAUCAAUAGAGAAGAUGGUAAAGAUUUAUUUGAUUUAGAUAUUCAAACUGGUAUGGAAGAUUUUUGGCAAAGGUUUCAAUUACCAUUUGCAAGUGCACCUGAAACGAUUCAUUUAGAUGAACAAGUCAUCAAAGGAACAGUCGAAGAAUUAUUAUCAUUUAAUGGUUGGGCCGCAGCAGCUUGUACAACACUUACUAGACCGUUUGCAAGUGAUGAUGAAGAUCCUUAUGCUGAUCUUUCGAAACCUGGAAUGAGAUAUUUUUUUGCUUUAGUAGUUCAUUCAGCUGAUCAUUUCUUUAUAGAUCAAUUAGCUGCCAUUGUUCAAAGUUCCAAGAAAGUCGGAACUCAAACUAUCUUUGUUUCGAUUGUAGAUUAUGCUUCAUCAGAUUCAACUCCAUUUCUUUGUGAUCUGGCAGAGGCUGUGAUGUUGAUCUUAGGGAUUCCUUUUAGAAUUAGACGUUUACCUCCUAUGACUGAAGAUCCGGCUGCAUCUUAUUAUCCAUUAGAAGAAGCUUAUACUCGAAACUUGGCACUCGAACCUCUCUUUGAAUUAUAUGAAAGACGAAAAGUGACGUUUUCAAGGGUGAUUUGGCUUAAAGGCUUCACUUGUCCUAAUGACUUACUAGAGACUCUAAGGAUCAGUCUUAUGAAUCAAGCAACAAUGGUCUGUAGUAUGGAUUGGAAAGAACAUAAUGGGUUUUUCAUUUACAAUGAUCGCUGGCGUACACGUGAUUUAGACGGAAAUCUGUUCAGAGGAUCCAAAUCUACUUCGCCUCUCAGCGAAGCUCCACCUCGUGAUGCAGCCAGUGCAUCACGUUACAAUCAACAUUUACCCUUUCAAGUUUUCUGUUGUGAAUCAGGAUCUCAUAUCGUUGACCCUGCGACUACCUAUUACGCUGGAAUCAAAUAUCGAUCAUCAAUUGAUGGGGUCUUUAAUAUCACUGCGGCUGGCGCUGGUAAAUCUCCUGUUUGGUCUGAAGGACCUUGUAUGGAUUCAAGUCAAAUGCAUUUCUGUCGUGAUAUUUGGCUUAUGGCAGCUCAAGAAGGAGUCAAGGAAACAGCUAGAGAAGCCAAACAACGUGAAAAAUCAGGUCAACCUAGAGGUGUAUCGAAAGAAAUGGAAGAAUUAAUUAGAGUCAUUUCACCUCGAUUAUCAAUACCUGUAGAAGAGAAUGUUCUUGAAACACCUACUAAACCGAUUGUAGAUGAAAAGAAAACUGACAUAAUUCAAGAAGAAAAACAACAAGGAAACGUAGAUUUGGUUGAUAAUGAACAUUUACCACAAGCUGAUUUUGAUAAAACAGAUGGAGUAGGAGCAGGAAGAGAUUUAACAGCAGGAGAAGAAAAAGAAGAAGAAAAGAAGAAACAAAUGGAACAAGCCGAACAAGAGGUAACAGGAGUGACGAAUAAAGAAGAAAAGGCGGUGGGUGGGAAACCAUUACCGAAAGGACAAGAAAAGAAAAAACGAGAUGAGAUCAUCAAGGAUGAAAAGAAAGAAGAAGAAAAGAAGGAAUCAAAGAAAGAAGAAGGAAAGAGCGAUUCAAAGAAAGAAGAAGAAAAGGAUUCAAAAAAAAAGAAGAAGGGAAAGAAAGUUAUAAAGAGAAAGACAGUGACUUCCUCCCCUGGGCCGAAUGGUAAAAAAGAACAAGUUACAAAUCAAUCGAAACCGAAAGUGAAAGAAGUACCGAAUUCGGAUUUCAGUCCAGCACGUAUCCUUGUCAAUCCACGUUGUAUCACAACGUAUGCAGGUGUAUCACAUACUAAAUUAGCUUUAGAUUUAUUCGGAUCAGGUGAUGAUGUUGAACCUAGUCGUGAAGCAGGAGGUAAAUAUCAUUUUGAUGAAUGGUUAGGAGCACCUAAUGCAUUUGUUUGUCAAGAGAUGAGAACCACUGGUGGUCGAGUAUCAUCUAAACAACAACGUCGAACAAGUUUUCAGAUCGGUCAAACUCUAAGAGGAGGUUGGAACCCAGGAGAUUAUGUUUAA